UAUGGUUUAGGUUUGAGUACAUCAACGAUUUCGUUUUAUUAUGAAUACGGAUUUAAGAUGAUAGACCAUAAAAUUAAUGCUCUGCUCCUGAUCACAAUCAAUAUUGCGUUUAUCUGUGAUGCUAGAACUUCGUCAUGCCAUUACAGUUUGAACCGAGUAAAAAGACUUGUUGCUCAUUGUGAAAACCAAGGAUUUACGUUCGUUCCUAGGAAUCUUGUCAGAAAUAUCCAAGAACUGGAUCUUUCAAUCAAUAUGAUCAACACAUUGGAAAAUGGGACGUUCGAAAACUAUUCGACAUUGGAAAUUUUAAUUUUGAAUCAUAAUAGAAUAUCGGAAGUACAUAUAAAUGCUUUUGUUGGCUUACCUUAUCUGAAAGCUCUGAAAAUACGUGAUAACUUUAUAAAUAUUACAAAGCUUCCUACAGGAGUGUUCAGUCCUCUUGACAAUUUGACGGCUCUUGACAUAGGCCGAAAUGAAGAACAGUCACCUGUAAACAAAACUUUCGUCUAUCCAGAUAAAACAUUUUCAGCCUUGCAGAGACUACGAUUUCUAUCAUUGGACUUGUUUAUGUUCCCGGAGUUUGGGGAUGGAUUUCGUUCACUGCAAAUCCUUACCGUUUUAAAUUUUGACCGGUGUUAUUUGAAAAAUAUGGAUAGGUUCACAUUAUCAAAUUCAACAUUUAGAAAUUUUUCACCGAAGUUAAAUGAACUAUAUAUCAGACGCUGCCUUAAUUUUUUUCGAAUAGACAAAGGAAUAUUGCAUUAUUUUCCCAAAUUGAAAGUUUUGGACUUAUCUAAUUCAAAUAUUCAUUUGUACCAGGCACUGAAUAUACUUCAUCCCUAUCAAAACAAGAAAAUGUCUGUUAUCAACCUUCACCAUAUUAGCGGUAAGAGUGUCAACAAUGAUGAAUUUCCGUAUUCUGUGGUCGUUACGAAAAAACUAAUGAAAUAUCUUAGGACAAUCUGCGUAGAGGCUUUGGAUUUGUCAAAAACGGGCAUUGUAGACGAUCAAUUAAAUUCAUUGUUUUCAUUCCAAUACCCAGAAUGCUUCAAAACAUUCAUCAUAUCAUCCAAUAGACUACCAUCUACAAACAUAGAACAUUACAUGGAAACGGUAAUUUUCUUAACAAAGGCUACAAAUAUGAAAACAUAUGACAUGUCAUACCUUGACAGUCAAUUUUUGAAUCCGGUUUAUCUUGAUGUAUAUCAUCCGGAAAAAUUCAUCCCAAAACAUGAAGAGCAACAAAUUUUUCAGAUGCCAUUUAAUAUUAGUUUUAAAAUACCGCCAUCACUUGAAUUUGUUCGCUUUACCCAUAUGUCAGUCGUUUCUGCUACGGUAUCAAUCACAUGCGCAAAUUCAUCGUUGAAAUAUUUUGAUAUAUCAUAUAGUGUUUUUGAACAGUAUCCAAUUGUACAACAGAAAUGCGGAAAACAACUUAGAUAUUUAGAUGUCUCUGGAAUAUCUUCAACAAUGAUAUUUCAAACAAUUCCUCUGCCAAGACUGACCACAUUGAAAAUGACGCAUGCCAGCAUAGACAGGAGUAUUUUUGAAGGUAAACAAUGGAUGCUAGAACAAGCUCCCGCACUGAAAAAUGUAGAUAUAUCUUUCAAUAAUCUUUGGACAUUGAAAGACACGGAAUUAUUAAAUACUUCAGGAAUAACGCAUCUGAAUAUGUCGAAUAACCUUUUCAGGUCAGUUCCUACAUGUGUCUCUAAACUACGACAUCUAGAAUCGUUAGAUCUUUCCAAUAAUUUGAUAACUUCUGUUGAUAAAACUAUUCGAAAAUGGUUAGAUGAAAUUAUUGAGUCAACUCACAAUUUUAGCCUUGAUUUAAAUAAUAAUGCUUUUGUUUGUUCGUGCAAUACACUUGACUUCCUGUUAUGGCUUACAAAGACACCGGUAUCAUUUGUUAAUGGAAACAAUUACACGUGUACAAUGUCAAAUAAUACGCAGGUCAAUCUAAUGGAAGUCACCAAAGAUAUCAAGAGAUAUUUUGCUGACUGCAAUGCCACCGUGUGGCUUAGGAUUGGAAUAGUAUUAAUUUCGUGUAUUGUGGGUGUAUCGAUACCACUUGCGAUUGUGUAUUAUUACAGAUGGAAACUUAUUCUGUUUAUGUUUAGAAAAUUCAGACGAGCUGUCGAGAGAGGGUUACAUGUAAAUUAUGCAUAUGAUGUAUAUGUUUCCUAUGAAGAAAGAAGCAUAACUUGGAUAAAAAAUAAUCUCCUACCGAAAACUGAACAAGAAUGGGGACUGAAAAUAUGCUUACACGAUCGUGACCAUCUUCCUGGAGAACACACAUCAGAAUCUAAGGCACUUUCAAUUCAUCAUAGUAGACAUGUAAUUUUUAUUAUUACUGAAAAUUUCAAUGAAUGUGAAUGGGGGAAAUUUGAAAUUGAAAGGGCAAAAUAUGAGAAAUACACAAAAAACCUUAUGAAAAUCAUUGUCAUUUUACAAAACGUUAACGUCAUUGAUAUCCCAGAACAACUUGUGGACAUUUCAAAUGAUGUUUAUUUUAUCGAAUGGCAUGUAGACGAAACUGGAAUUUGUGAACAUCAGACUGAAUGGCUUAGACUUAAGACAUUGCUUUUUCUAAACUAGACAAAAAGGAAUUUAGAAAAAAAACUAUGAACUACAUUAAAUGUGUAUACACCUGAUAAUUUUAAAAGUGGUUUAAUACAUGUAACAACCCUCUAGAUACAGUCUUUUAUCUUCUUUAUGCACAACAAUCUGAUUCCUUUGGUUAUCGUGUGAUCGGCCUGUUUUAUUUAAUUGGUAUAUGUUGUUAACAAAGUUUGAUCUGAAACGGCCAUUUUGAUCUGAAUAUCUCUUAAAAUACUCAGACCAAUACAUUUGUACUGCAUUCACUUCAGCGGAUAUGUCGAAAAUUGACUGAAAGACUGAAUAUGACUAAAAUAAUUUAUUGACCAGACUUUUCGGAUGAUGUUGAGAUCAAAAUGACCGUUUAAGACUAAAAUGUAUUUAAUAUUUAAUGUAUUCUUAUAAAAAUAAACAAAACUUUGC